AUGGAACAAUAUUUACAAUGUUAACAGAUCAAAAUUGAAAACAAUUCGUUAUAAGAUGCAUCCUCUCAAUUAGACAUGAUCAAUUCUGACUUCGAAUAAAUUUGUGAUAGAGUCCAAAUACUUAAAUUAUAGGAUUAGGAGGUUUAAAAGGAAUUAGUACAGCUAUAAAGAAAGCGUUAUAAAUUAGAAUCAAAUCGCUAAUACAAACAAUACAAGUCAUAAAUGAUAUAUAAUUGUUCGCAGACUCUUAAUGAAUUAAAUGAUCGUUUUAAUAAUGGCUAAAUAGAUUUAAGCAAGCCUUUGGAAAUUUCUGAGUCAUCUUCAUAAGAACAAGUGUCUUCAAAAAUUGAAGAAUCUCAAUAAUUUCCAACUUAAAUGGAUCUUGUUGAAGUGAUGAAUUUACAAUAUAUGAAAAAAUGGAAGGCUUUUGUAUUGAAUUAAAGAAUAAUUUGGACUCUGCAAGAUGAAAUGCGUAAAAGAGAAAAAGCAAAACUCAAAAAGAUGGGGAAUAAACUAAAUAAAGAUAUCAGAAAUAUUGAACAGGAAUUUUAACAAUAAAAUAACAUAAAGAAGAAAAAUGAAUUUAGAUUAGAAUUUUUAGAAAAAUAGGGAUAGAUCUUAAAGUAAUAAUAAUCCCAAAUAAUUGCUAAUGAAUAAAAAGGAAUUUAAUGGAAAUAAAUAUUACAGUAGAGAAAGAAGGUGUUAGAUAGUAUGAAUUUCUAUACUUCUGAUCAAUCCCCAAUUAAAAAAUCACUAGAGGAAUUAGAUAAUUUGUACGUCCAAUAUAUUAAUAUUGAUAGUGAAACUGACAAUUUGCAACAAAAUGUUUAGGCUGAAGGGUAAACUAAAUAUAAACUUUAUUCGCCUAGUUAAUAUUCUUUUAUAUCACAGAAGUAAAACUUUUGA